GAUCAGCUUCAGGAUGAGCAAUGCAAAGAGGCCAUUUCCUUGAUGACUCAUACCAACGAGCGUGACACCAUCUUCCAGAAGAUGCAAGAAACCUUCCAUUUCCGGCAGGGGCUCAUCCACAAUCCUGAAACCUCGGCAUCAGUCCUGUCCAUGUUGCCAAGACUUUUGGACACAAAAGGAUUGGUUCUUCAAGACUUCAGCCUUCUCUUCGGAGCAGAAACAGCAGCCAGACUUCUGGAAAGGUGGCCCUCAUACAAACCAAAGUUGAUAAAAGAAGCCGCUGCCCUGGUACAGACCCCGUUAUUGCAACGCCUUUUACAAUCUGCCAGAGGAGAACAAGUGGAGUCAUCUGCAGAUUACCGCCCAGGUUGGGACAGCGAUAUGUCCACUUUACUCCUCCUGUUACACAUCCUGUCACCUCAGCCAGCUGGGAGGAAAAGGGGUCACAAGAUCAGUGCAAGGGAUGUCAUUGACCACCUGGUAGUUUUUCACAAGAGUCUGGAUGAACAUUUGGAUUCUGAUGAACGUCAACAGCCGUAUCUGCUUGCCUCUGGAACCACCAAACGAGCCAUCAGCGCCUUCUACAUCGUCAUGGAUAAGAAGCUCAUCCCAUGCCAGGGAAACACAUCUCUUGCAGCAUUCGAUGAACUUUUCAAGGUCCAUUUUGUCUUCAGUUUGAAUUACGAUGAGUCUCUUCGCAGCAUGUACACGUUUCUCCAGACAACGAUCUACAACAUUGAUGUGGGAUCAACCAAAGAGAGUCCGAAACUAAAAGAGUUGCGAGCAAAGUUGCUGCAUGAUGUUUAGGUGUUACAUUUGUAGGACACUACUUGGCUCUAGUGGGGCCUUGGUUCAACACCUUAAACUGUUACAUGGGUUGUAUCCUGGCAAAAAGUUAAAUAGAAUAUGUGCUCAGGAUGGUUGCUGCUUAGAAUUUAGAAGUUACUCUGGUUUCCGCAAACACCUGAAACGUGUACACUGCAACAUUAAUGUGACUGAACCAGGUUUGACAGAUGAACCCCAACCUAGCACAUCUUUAGGUACGCCGGCUCUGCCUUCAGAUGUGCCCCCUCUGUCCAAACUUCUGACUUGAAUCCUGACUUAAUCAAUAAAAGGGAAUGUUCUUUAGAUUCAAAACAUAUGUGUGCUUCUGUUAUUGUGAAGUUGCAGGGUAGUGGUGUGGCAAAUACUGUUAUUUUGUCAGUUGUAGAAAGUAUGGAGGAAUGUUUAAAUGAUAUCCACACUUCAAUAAAGCGUCAGGUCUUAGAGGUCGUGCCAGAGGGUAACCCGAGCAGAAGUGCAGUAGAGUGUUAGAAAAUUUGGAGAACCCUUUUGCUGAUCUCAACACCGAUAGCAAAUGGAAAAAAAUAAAUUAUUCCAAAUGGGGAGUUGUACAACCUGUAGAGGUGCAUUUAGGAGUAAGAUACGAUUCUAAGAUAAACAGAAUUUCUGGAAAUUACGAACAGGUACCAGUUAACGACACUUUCAUCUAUGUGCCUUUGUUUAAAACGCUAGAGUUUAUUUUAAAAAACAAAAUGAUAUGCAGCCAUAUUCAAUCUUCUAAGUUCAGUGAUCUAUAUUCUGACUUCUGUGAUGGCUCUUAUUUUAAGAGUAAUCAGCUGUUCUCGUCCUGCCCUCAUGCCCUACAGAUUCAGGUUUAUUAUGACGAUUUUGAAACGGCUAACCCUUUAGGUUCUAAGGCGGGGUUGCAUAAGCUUGGAUGUUUAUAUUUUACACUCCGAAAUCUUCCA